AUGCAGUCACCAGAUUCCAUCUUGCCAGGUCCUAGAGUGCGUUUGACUCUGGGACCAUGUCGUUUCGAAGGCAUCUUCGACUGUCCCUGUCCUGAGGGUUCAGCGUUUGAGCUCAUCAAGAACCUUAGGCCCGAUAUGCCCUGCAGCCGCUGUGGGCAUAUCCUUACUCUGCACAGAGACCACAACAUUGGUGAGAUGGCCUCUAUCAGCGUGGGCUCUCAGCCUCAGCUGAAAGUUGAGCCUAUGAGCGACUUCCAGCCACUCCAAGUGCCUCUGGAGCGUGGUUCGAGCCAUGACACAACACUCCUGGGACCAUCGUCAACCUCAAUCCCAGAAUACGCUCAGGUCCAGCCACAUCCAACCGUGAUUUGCGAGAGACAGCAGACGGUUUCAGAGAUCUUAUUGAUACUCGACAAAUACAGAUCCGUAUUUAUCUGGGGCAUGCCUCGCUCUGGAAAGACAACAUUGGCUUUUCUACUUUAUGAGCAUCUUUCUAGAAAAAACGAGAAAGUUGUUUUCAUCGAAAGCUGGCCGGAUAUCCGAAAGAAGCCUGAGGAAAUACUGUUCGAACACGCUCGCGUUAAGUACCCGGACAUCUCAGGUGAAGAAAUCUCAACUCAGGACUUUAUCUUUCUAGUUGAUGAAGCCCAGGAGACUCUCACGAAACAAAAGUCCACCUGGAACGCGCUCAUCAAAAACCUGAUCAAUCUGAACAACAACAGCAAAGGUCCCAGAUUAUGUCUCUUCAGCAGCCAGGGCAUGUUCGCAGAAUACAACAAUGUCUUCGCAACCAUGCCGGAGAUCUCCUAUCUAAAAACACACGGAAAUGGGAACGGUGGCGCCAGUCUGUUUUUCACUGCGUCUGAAUUUGAGACCUUCCUCACUCAGUGUGGCUCGAUACUCAGCAAGGAGGCUGCAGAGCAUGUCUUCUGGCUUACUGCAGGCCAUCCGCUGCUCACCCAGUUGAUCCUCGAAUACGUGGACAUGAACUACAAUCGAACAGUCGCCACCCUUCGAAAUUUAAAUUCAUUUCCCCCAACAACAACUGUUUCUCCUCUCUCCCAAGCCGAGACCUUAGUCAUCCUGAACAACGACGAUCAGCUAUUCACUUACCUAGGUGACCACAUGUAUCCCGGCCACUUCGCCAGAGAAAACACAAUUGCAAUUGGUGUCUUCAAGAAACUGCUGAGCGCGCCUGAGGGCAAGAUAUUAUGGAAUUCGAAAUAUAAGACUAUCGGGAAAUGCUUCGUGAAUGGUCUUAUUUGUCAUGAAAUUGACGCGAAUGAUAUUGAUAUCUUCAGGUUUCCAUCUCCGCUGCAUGCUAGAUGGGCUCAGUGGUUUCAUAGAAUUGAGCCGGGCGUUUAUGCCGGCGAGUUGACUCCUUGA